AUGCUUAUGUCAACCAUAGCCUUGUUGCACCUACUUUUGUUUAUUACUUCCUGUGUGGGUGCUAUGCGUCCAACAAUAUUAACUGGCAAUAAUGGUGCCAUUUGCCAAUGGGUUCAAAAACGUGCCGACAACGACGCUGACUCUUUCGUGAAGCUCAUUGCUGAUGAAUCUAUAGUUGGCUACAAGAUACCUGCCUUGAUCUUCAAUUACCAAGAUAUUGCCAAUUUUUCAUCUGUUCCCACAAUUGAAACCUUCACUGACUUGUAUCGCGCAAACAAAACAGACUUAUACCCGAGGAUGUUGAGCGAGGGUGUCUUCAAUUUAGAUGCUGCUGAAGGGCAUUCAGUUAACAAGCUGCGGUUCUGGAGUGGUAUCAUUGACAAAGAGAUUACAUUUCGUGUCCCAGUUUCCGGAAUUUAUUGUGUCUACAUUGCGCCAGACCCAAUGAAAGUGCCUGAUUUUGAAUUACCGAUCUACUUUAAAAACUACUAUGGAAAUUUAGACUACGCUUAUUACGUGCAUUAUACAGGCUUAAAAUGGUUGAUUAUUGUUUUUGCUGUGCUUAUUGUUGCAAUGCAAAAAUUGGUAAAAGUUGAGGAUGCCAAAGGAGCACAAAGUUUGAGCUCAGUGAAGGCUAUAACAAACACCCUUGUCUACUUGACACUUAUUUCUUUUAUUGUGGUGCAGUUGUUUCAAUUCUUCAAAUUGUUCAUGCAAAAUAGCGUACUUCUACCAUAUCAAAAGUCUUCCAUAGGUCCCAUUUGGCAAUUCGUUUCUCUAAUUGCAAAUCAUUUUCAUGACGUUUUUGAAUUGUAUCUUGGACUAUUAUUUUCAAUGGGCCUUGGUGUCACUUAUUACUAUACUGAUGUGCAGAACUAUAGAGAGUUUCCACUGGACUGGCUCCGAAAAACUAUUAUACUUUUUAUGGCUCAUUGUUUAAUUAUGUUUCUUAGGGAUUUGUGUUUGAAGUGGUCAUAUAAUAUUCCGUUUAUCGGAACAGCGAGGAACAUUCUGUCAGAUAGCAUUGCCACAGUCUUAGAUUAUACACAAAUCCCUAUUUAUUGUAUUUGGUAUGCCUUGUCGGCAGUAUUUUAUUUGAAAACAAAAAAGAAGUUGACGCUUGUUCCUCCCAACUUAGAUAUGGGAUCUACAGAAAAUGUUGUUUCAGCAUUCAAGAAAACAACUUUGGUCAUUUGGAUUGUACCUUCCGUUAUAUAUGGUUUAGGGACCAUAUUUAUGGGCCUUUCAGUAUUCUUCUACACCGAUAAGAACCUAAUUAUUGAAAUAGCUGAGGGUUCAGAUCGCGCCGAAAUAUACAUGUCUUUGGUAUUGAAGCAGGAGAAGGAAAUACAGAAAAUGGUAGUAAUUCUUGGUUCGGAACUUUUGUCUUGGAUUAGCACCUUUCUUUCGAUGAGUGCCAUUUAUUUGAUUUGGGUUAGUAGUAGCAAUAGAGCAACAAUCGACAGAAAGGUGCAAUAG